UACGUCUUGACUUUAUUUUUGUCGUAAUACCUGCAAUGCUCUAUAAAACAUACACAAAUUAUUUAGAAAUUUAGACAUACUUUUAUCAUGUGCUCCUAAUUUAUAGACUUUGUCUUCAUUUUAAUAGAACCAAAGAGAAAUUGCAGGGAAAUGUCUCUCCGUUAUGACUAAAAAUGGUGACUGUGUGAUCUGCGCUUGAAAUAAAGACUUUUGUUAAAUUGAUUAAAGUGUUUACACACACGUGCGUUUUAGGAAUGAAUAUGGAUAUGAACCAAAUUAUAUUCGUAUAGUCGGUUUGUAAGUGUUACUUUUCCGACACUCAGAAUUUAGUACCGAAGUUUACAAUUCCGUUAUAAAAUGUCUGAGAAAGAAAGUGACAGCAUGGAUGAGAUCAACAGUUUUCCGCCAGAUUUCUCUUCGGCAGAAAAUCAGGAAGCUCGAGCAUUUCUGCGGGAAAGGUUUCUAAGAGCAGUUACAGGAAUUGUAGGUAAAGGCUGCGAGUUCCGUAUGUUUGGCAACACAAAUGUGACUGCCGAAUUUCGAGGUUCUGAUGUGGAUGUUAUGCAUUUCUACGUUAGGCAACUGAAAACUCCACUAGGAACUUUACCUGAAGCUAUUCUGCGAACCAGUGAUAUAAUCAAAAUGCACUUGCCCAAUAUAGAUGACUUGAGGACAUGAUGUGUAUAAAUGGUUUGUGGCAGAGGGAAGUAAAUGUACAUAUGUAGUGAGUGUUGGUUUACAUAAGUGUUUUUAGUUCAUUUAUUAGUACAAAUACUAUGAGGCCAUGAAUUCAUUGUAUCAUUUGUUUAUCCAUAUAUGUCUUGUUAUAUUUCAUAACACUGAUUAUUUAACACUGCAUUGAUCUGUAAUAUAUGGAGUUAUGAUUUUAUGAGAUUUCUUCCUCUGAGUAAAUAAGAUACAAAGCAACUGUUACAACAAUAGUAAUGGAGUAUUGAAUUGCCCACAGUGUGUAUUAGGUUUCUUCUGGAUAUGCAAUUAUUGAUUUAGUCCUUCGUGUGCAGUCAGUGAUGUGGUAUCUUCUGUGUUCUAGAUUACAAACCUUUCAUUAACAGUGUUUGUUUGGAAGGUCAUAGUUCUUUCACUGGCACACCUUAUGCUGGAAACUGCACAGCCAGUCACAUCACUACAUGCCUAAGCUGUGUCUUGGUGUUUACUUUUUUUGUUUAGGAAACUUUAUAUUGCAAAAUAGCAGUGCCAUCACUGAAAAGUACUAGCAUAAUGGUGUUACAACUGUUGUAUUUAUUUUGUCACUUAUUAUAGUGUGGUUAAAAUCAAUAGCUGCGAUUACCACAAUGAGCUGAUGGAAUGCCUAAAUUCUGUAUACAUCUGGAUGUUAAUUCAGUAUAGGUAAAUGCUUAAGCUAAGUUUAUUUAGUUUAGUUUAGGUAGGUGUGUAGUAUGAGCCAGUAGACUUUUAGAUUAGCCUCUGUUUAUAUAAUUGUCUGCCAUUCCUACUGUACAUCAAGGUAACGCCACAUGUUACAAUAUUGUAUGGUGAUUUCGAGGUUUUACAGCCAUUUUAAAUUAACAUUAGGUUGCUGAAUCAUGUUUAUAUUUUAUGCUCUUUUUCUGAAUUUGAAAAUGUAAAAUAUGAGAUGACUCUCUUAAUCUUAAUAAAUGUAAAAGUAAAAGGAGCAUAUUUUAUAUAUAGUCAAUUAAAUAUGGUAUUACUGUUUUUAGUGUAAAUUUUAUUUUCAUUGGAACAUGUUACAGUUAUGCUUACUUCUCAAAUAUUUUUGCAUCAUCCAUUCCAUUUUACAGUGCAUACUACAAGAUAACAGUGUAUAUGUGAAUGCAUAUUUGUAGGACAUGUAUUUUGAUACAUGUUUGAAUUAUUGCUUCGUUGAUGUCUGUUGCUUGGUUAGUUGUCCAUAAAUUACAACACAUAUGCUUGAGAAAGUGUUUAUUGUUGACAGAUUUUUACAUUUAUGUUUAAAAUGUCUCAUGGAAGACCAAAUGUUGAAGUAGGUUGAUAAACACUAACACUGAGUUUGGAAGGCAGCUAUCAGUAAAAUGUAUGAUACAGACAUUGGCAAAAGUAUUACCAUACCAGAAAUUGGCAUCAUGCCAGCGCGGCAGAAGUGUCAAUAUGGUGUCCUAUUUUGGUGGCAUUUAAAUAUGAGUCUAUUUUGGGGGUGGGAAUGUAGCUCUCUAACAGAUGUCAGACACCCAUUUGCAUAUAUUUUCUUGAUGGUAUUUGGUAACAUUUCUUCUCAGAAACCUUGUACCUCAGGAUUUGGUGAUUUAAGUAAUAUGGUGUUACACCCAUGUAGCCAAAGUAAGCCUUGGCCCUUCUGCAUCAGGCAGGGUGCCUGAUUUUCCAGAGGAACUGUAUUUCUCACACUGCCAGAUGUCUGUCUAUAAGAAUAUCCAAAAGAGAUAUCAUGAUUCCAUGUGGAGAAAUUUACAGAAUGUUUGGGAAAAUAUUACUCAUUUGCUGCACAUGACAUUGCUUGAAUCUCGGCCAGUGACCGAAGUACUAUGCCUUUGACAUAAUGACUGUUAUGUUGAAUAUGUAUUUUAAGUGUUCCUUUACAGUAAGAUGAUUGUUUGUUCUUUUAAAAAGUAUGCAUAUUGCCACUGUCAGUUUUCUUGAAACAAGAGAAAUAAAUAUAAAGAAACGUGAA